AUGAUGAAGUUAAUACAGUGGGAGGCGUGGGGACCGCUGGAUGCUAAUAAUCCGCGUGAUGCAGCUUAUUGGCAGAUCCAAGUCCGGCUGAACCCGAUGUACGAGGCAUACAUCCCAACACACUUGAAGGCCCAUCGCAGUUCCCUGAAAAAGCUGUGGAAAACUGUGGGGUUUGACCUGAGCAGCAUGGCGCAAGCGCCCCUGGUCCUCACCCAGCAAGAGUUUAGGGAAGUCGGGCUGGUGGAAGAUCUCCCCUCCAACACGCACUCAAAGGAGACCUGGACGACCGUUGAGGGAUGGCUCCGGGAAUGCUCUGAGAAGCACCAUUGCUUGGCCAAUACCAAUCAGAACUGGUACCCGACUCGUUUGGUCGAGGUACUCUCGGAUGACAUGUUCAGGAUAGUCCGCUCAGACUCCAGCUCUUUCGAGCGUGGGCGAGGUUAUGUCACCCUGAGCCAUCGGUGGGGCAACGGUGACUUCGCCAGACUCACGACCGAAAAUCUUUCCGCCCUCGAAAAGGGCCAGCCUGUUGCGAUGCUGCGGUUGAUUUUCCGAGAAGCCCUGGUGGUUGCCCAGCGGAUGAAUAUUCCGUACAUCUGGAUCGACUCGCUGUGCAUUAUCCAGGCCGGCGACGACUUUGCAGACUGGCGGAGGGAGUCUACAACGAUGGCCGAAGUGUACUCCAACUCGCGUUGCAAUAUAUCCGCUGACUGGGGUGACGACGAUCACGGCUUGUUCUUCGAGAGGGACCCUCCCUAUGACAGGCCCUGCAGUCUACAAUUGCGGCUCAAGUCGCCUGAGAGUGGCGAUGACACCUUGUCCAAGUCCACAACGACGCCAGAUGCUGUUCCAGCUUGCAUCAUACUUCCUUACCGUUGGACGGAAGACAUAAUGGAGUCGCCUAUAAACCGCCGCGGAUGGGUAGUCCAGGAACGGCAGCUUGCGCCACGUGUGUUGCAUUUCUCACCCCAGCAGGUCUCAUGGGAAUGCUGCGAGAAAGUGACGUUCGAGAAAGUACCAUUGAACUUUAUGGGCUCGCGACGUACGCGUUCCCGACUAGUUCAUGAGCUGGACCCCAAUAGCGUUCAGCGGAAACGCAUGAAACGCCUCCAGCUCCAUAACCCACAGAAAGCCGUCGACUGGCCGCGCAUCGUGGCGCAUUAUUCCGCGUGUGGCCUGACCAAACAACAGGAUGUACUGGUCGCCAUUGCUGGAAUAGCGAGGAGACUCUGUCCUGUCGUCAAGGACCUCUAUGUCACGGGCCUGUGGGCAAAUCGAGUUCCGCCACUGCCAGAUCCGCAUUCGCAGCUGUCCAAUACCUCCGCCUGCCCAUCAACCCACCUCGAGGACCCCGGCAUUCAACUCUGUCGGGAGAACGGCACAGUCCUCGAGGUUCAUAAUGACCGUGCCGCCCGCGAGGGCGACGCGAGGGCGGACUCCACCAUCUAUUACUACGCGAUCAUUGAGCACUCGAUUGUCCACCCCAUAAUGGAUCCGGUAAGCGCUCAGUACCCCUACAACCAUGCCACAGGCCUCUUCUUGAGAUCGGUGGAUGCGAGCAUGGGCCGGUUUGAGCGGGUUGGUCGCGUGGAGUAUUUUCGUGCUCGAGGCGCUGCCGAUAUACUCGAACCGCUCGGCAACGAGCGAGACUUGCCUGCCUGGAGUUACGACGAGACAACAGGGGAGCACACAUUCUAUAUAGUCUGA